GUGAGCUAAUUUCAGUGUCCCCGGAAGCUUUGUGGAUCCUCUGACUCCAAUGUGAAAGUAAGACCUAAGAUACCGGCAGAAGAUCUGCUUAUUUGCACAUGAAACAGACUUUUGGGGCAUCUACGGUGCGAACCUUUGUUAAGGAUACAAACUAAAAUGCAGCCAGACAAAUCUGACGGGAUGCCUCCACGUGUCGAUGACGUCAUGCAGUUGUGCUGCAAGAUUUCUGACAAUCAGCGCAUAAAGGCAGCGGUGAAGCAUUCUGGGAAAGGGGCUAUGAUGGCUGGGGCUAUUGCAUUUGCAGGAGGGCUGGUGGGGGGCCCUCCGGGAAUAGCGGUUGGCGGUGCGGUGGGUGGGUUGCUGGGAUGCUGGAUGACCAGCGGACAGUUCAAGCCACUUCCCCAGAUCAUCAUGGAGCUGCCCCUGCAGGAGCAGCAAAAGCUGUAUGUGGACAUCAAUGCCGUCCUAGGCUCACUCGACUGGAUGGACGCGGCGCAGCUGAUAACACUCGUCAUGGGCAACGCCGCACUCCAGCAGCAGGUGACGGCCGCCCUGCUUGGCUACGUGACCCAGACUCUACGGGCAGAGGUGCAGUACGGGGACUGACCUCGCUGGAUGUGACUCCCCUUCGGCUGGGCUGGUUCUUUACUAGGAAGAUGUUCACUCUGUAUAUAAAGUCAAAACCAAUGCAAGCGCCAUCUCUUUAAGUGUUGAUCAAGGAAAGAACACUUAAUCAUACUAUGAAUUGUAGGCCAUUUUCUGCAUCUAUCACCCCUUCCUCCUACUUUGAUUUGGCACUCCAGCACAGCACAUGCCGGCCAGCGGCAAUAUGACUGCAGCCUGUGACCAAUUAUGGACAUAUAACCCCAACUGGCCAGUUUUCCUGAAUGAAACCCAACUGAAAUUGACUGUCGUAAUCUAUUGGGCGAAUAACAAUUAUCGUAAAAGAUCUGGUUAGAUGGCAAGUUCUCAAACCUCUAGUUGAAAAUCCAUGUAUAAAGAACAGUCAAAUAAUCUUAUUUAUGCUGUUUGAAUUAGCAAUGGUGGUGAAAUAUGAAGGGUAUGACAUCAUUUGAAGUAUAUAUGACAUCAUAUGAGGUGUAUAUGGGCUCAAGGCAGGGGAGCAUCUUUUAUAGACUUUAUGACUUUGCAUGACUUUAUAGGGAGUACAGUUUCUUGCAUAACAGAUUUUUUUGGGCACGCUGAACCUGAAGUUUGGUGAUUUGGGUGGGGGGGGGUGCGCAUAGUCGAUCUUCAAACCCUGAUGGAACAAGGGCCAUAGUAAAAAAAUAUAUAUACAAUCAAAUACGCACAUGUCGGUCAGCUUUUGGCCGAGGGAAUAUCAGAGGUUUUUGCCCAUAAGAGAAAAGAAACUGGAAUAGCUGGUUGUGCUUCUAGAGAAUUUAUAGCUUUUUCAGUGCCUAAUUUAACAUUUACGGUUUGUAAAGCAGAUUCACUGUAUACAUUGUAUUCUUAUACUGAGAUAAAUAAAUCAUGUGUCUGCAAUAAAAUGUGAAAAUGGGAAAACUA